CGCAGGAGAGAGAGAGAGAGAGAGAGAGAGAGAGAGAGGGGGAAGACAGCCUGUGGAGGAGAAGACUCUCUCUGCAUGGAGAUAAAUUAAUAAUAAAUUAAUCUCACACCGACAAACGGACUUCACUCGGUGCUGCCAUGUAUUUUGGUAGCGUGGCUCUGCCGCCGCUGGCCCGCCCCACGCCGGGCAGAGUGCGACUCCCCCCGGACCCCCAGCCCCUCGUGCCCUUCCACCUGCUGCCGGGGUUCACCAACAUGGAUCACAUCCGUAAAGCUGUGAUGGGCCCUGGCUUCGGGCUCACCGCGCCGCUGAAACGGAAGCUGGGUUCCUGCGGAUUCUGCCCGCUGAGGUGUAACCCCGAGGCUCAGGCUCCUACACUCUCUGCUGACACCAAAAACUCAAAAAGGCUGAAAGCGAUGGACACCCCCGAUUUAAAAAUCAGGACCUCUGAACCGGUUGCCAGGGAAACCACAUCGCAAAUCCUCCCGUCCCCUUGCUUACAGCCCUCGAGUGCUGACACAGGAGAGCCAACAGCAGCGAACCCUCCGUCCGAGGUGUCAUCGCCGGGCAGCGGCCCCGCUGACACCUUCAGCAGACCCUCAGACUCUGCGCUGGCAGCCGGCCUGAGGACACCGGAGCCCGAGGCACGGAGAGACGGAGAGAUGGCUGCGGCUCCGGAGCAUGAAACAGAAGAGGAGAAAGCUUUACGUCUGCUCUACUGCUCCCUCUGCAAGGUCGCUGUGAACUCCGCCUCCCAGCUGCAUGCCCACAACAGAGGCACCAAGCACAAGACAAUGCUGCAGGCCAGGAGCGGCGAGGGAGCCAUCAAGUCCUUCCCGAGGACGGGCGUGAAGGCCAAGCUGGUGGUGGCGGCGUGCGAGUCGCCAACCGGACUGCAGAACAAGACGUUCCACUGUGAGAUCUGCGACGUGCACGUCAACUCAGAGACUCAGCUCAAACAGCACAUCAGCAGCAGGAGACACAAGGAUCGAGCGGCAGGUAAACCAGCCAAGCCUAAGUUCAGCCCUCACGCCCCCGUCCAGCAUCACCAGGGUCUCCAGGCGAUAUGUCUUGCUCUACAGAAGAAGCAAGACCUGACCAAACCUCUGGCCUCCUGUCUUCUGCAGCGCCGACUCUCACAGCACCCUGUUGCUGCUGCCGCUGCCAUGGUGAUACUGCCCCCCUUCCCUCUCCGCCCGGCCUCAAACUCCAGGCCCGCCCUGUUUCAGAGUCAGACCCUCCCCCAGGCGCUGCUGCAUACGGCACCGGGACCCAUCUGUUCGGCACACACACCGGUUCUUUUUUCCCCUUACUGACACCCGUCAACGUCUCAAACAGCUCUGAACUGCAGCGAAAAGCGGACCUGAGACAUGAAGAAGACGUGAUAUGAGGCAGUGCUGCCGGUGUCGUGGACCAGAACCCGAGAUUCUUUCACAUGCUCAAAACCCAAAUGCCCAAGUAGAUUGCGAUGGAGGAAAUGCAAAGAAGCAGAACAGUAUUUUCUGAUGAGAUCAUUUGUGCGUUUCAGUGCAUGUGCAGAUAAAGCCAUCAUAGAAGUCCAACUUUUACCACAUGUUUUAUGCACGACUGCGUCAUUCUUUUAUAUAUAUAUAUAUAUAUAUAUAUAUAUAUAUAUAUAUAUAUAUAUAUAUAUAUACAUAUACCAGUCAGAGUAUGCUUGAAUGAAGGCAAUCCAAUGCUCCACAACAUGCACGUUAUUCAAAAAUAAGUGUAACUUCACUCGGUGUUAAUAUGUUAGUCUAGAUCUGCAGUCAGUUGCAUUUCAUCCUCCUUCAAAAAAGACAAUCUUUGUAUAGUAAUAAAAACAGUAGCCAUAGCCUUUAGCUCGCUACGGGGGACUUUCAGGAGUUUUCUUUUCCAGAUUCAAUCACUCAAGGAAACUAAUUAAUCCGUUCUGUCCUUCUGAUAUUUGGUGUAGUGUGUGCAGCCACUAAGGGUUGUUGUUUCAUUGCGAUGUGAUUGAUAUUCAAGAUAUGCAUGAAACAUCAAUCAUAAGUACAAUGAUAAACAAACACAGUUUAAGUUUUCACUUGCACAUAUGUAGAUACUAAUUGAGAAAAUAAAGAAAUAAAAAAUAAACAUUUACGUAUACAAACACAAGAUGGAGCUGGUGUCUACAUGUAUACACCCACCUCCAAUAUGCAUCUUCUUUUAUUAAUUUAUUGGAAAAGUAUUGCACUUUAAUCAAUUACAUAAAUGAUUGAACUUUAUUUAGGAGGAACCCAGGGUGAGUUUCCCCGUUAGCACAGUGCACUCUUGCUAUUGAGAGUUCCAUCUAGGUAGCUUGGCACUAUUACACAAUUGUGUGUUUCUUUUUACUGUUGUAAAAAAAAAUCUUUUAAAUGUCCUCAUUUCACUGAUGAUGAUGAGCUGAUAUUCAGUGAAGGAGGACAAUUUCGUCAGAGGUCGAAGUUUAAAUUCAAUCGAUCAAGUCACGAGCUGUGUGUUUUCCUCAACUUUCUCCGACCUCUCAGGCUUUCUUGUUUCGGGCCUUCAUCAGCCGACUGACACUAAACUGGACCAGUCAGUCUUUUGCUUCUGCUUCACUCGGCAGCUCCAAAGUAAAUAAUUUCACCGCCCAAUUCAGAGGAUUAUCUACCAAUCAAUCACAGCCUUGCGAUUCACCAGUUGUCAUGGCAGUCAUUAUUAUUAUUAAUCGUCUGGGGUGAUUGUGAACAUCUGUGAGUGGGAUUCCCAGUCCUCCACAAGCUGUCAGAAUCCAGGCCUCCUCGGGCUUAACCCGAACCCCGGCUCCUUCCCUCGCCCCCCCUUCAGUGCCUUCUCUGCUCCCUUCGUGUCAUCCUCCUUUGGUUGUCUCGCGAUACGUUCGCCGCUUCUCUCUCUUGAGCAGGCGUUCUGUUCGUCACUCCGCUGGAAGAAUUCGUGUCAAGCAUGUCAGCAACACAGAAGCCCGACUUGGCAUUCGGGAAAUGUUUCAUUCUUUGCUACCUGGAGACGGUGCAAAGGUACAAAAGGAGGCCUUUGCAUGCCGUAUGAGGGCAGUUAACACAAGAGGACAAUGAUAACUUCUCGGUGAAAGGGUGCAGUUCUUUUUACUUCUGCGUAGGUGGUCAUGCGUGUGUGCAGCGAGACUAUAACAAACAGAAAUCAGGUUUGGAUUUUUUUCUUUGAUGAAUCUCAAAGGGGUUAAAACACUUUAGAUAUGCUGAUUGACUUUAUGCUGUACAUUAAAUAAGUGCAGCAUAAAUUCAAUCAGCUGAAAUACAUUCCGAAAGCUACAUUUCAAGAUAGUUCAACGCUUUGGGAAAGAAGUUUUAAGAUCGAUUCCCCUCAAGCUGGAGCCAACAGGCAGGUAGCUUAGCAUAAAGACAGGAAAUGAGGGAAACAGCUCAGGUGAGCAGUGCUACACCAAAAGACUGCAGAGAGCUGCCCUUCGGAGCAGCGGUUCUCCGGCCCUUUAGGAGCUUAGAGAAAAGGUCUCUCUUUGUGUCCUCUCAUUGUGGCCCUUGGCAGAACCAGAGAGGAGUCGGUUUAGUCUCCGCGGGGCUUUCUGUUACUGCGCCGGUAACGGAUCAGUAAACGUGGGGAUGGUGGCCGUGAGUUAAAUGGCUCAGCAUUAAAGCAUAAUGACCACGCUGCACCGCACACAGAGCUGAUUGUGUGUCUGGGGCUCGGUGCCGCUGUUGUCUGAACGUGGUCCUAUAAGAGUGCCGCUUCAGACGCACUCAACUGGAGUUCCUCAGCAAUACUGAAAUGCAUUGUGGGAUGUUCCAGUCCUCGUACUCCCUGCAUCAGUGAUCAGUUACUCCUUUAACCAUUGUGGUUUUCAAUCAGAGAAUUCAAUUUACGUUACAUUACACAUACAUGUCAUUUAGCUGACGCGUUUAUCCAGAGCGACUUACAAUAAGUGCAUUUCUACCAUAAGGAUACAAACCCAAAAGAACAAGAAACAAGAAAGUGCAAUUUCAUCAAAUAACACAAUUUACUGAGCCACUGAGCCUAAAAUGUGGAAGGCUAUUGGAUUAUCUUUCCUUUAGUUUUCCAUCAAUAUAAGAUCCAUUAAAAAAGACAUAAUCUUAUUUCCUGAGUUUUAUCGCCGCGGUUGAUUUUGGGGUUUGACCACACAAUCUGUGUGUGUAUGAUUUAAUUACCACAAAUUGUGAGUGCGGCACUAUAUUUUUCCAUAUUAAGAAGUAGCUCCUUGUAUUCUUGGCCCCAGUUGAGGCGGCUGCACUGAUUAGAGAGAUGAUGCUUAUCAUGAAGCAGAUGGUUUUAUUUCCUUGGCCACUCAGUGUCUGGACAGUGACGGGGAGCCAAAGAUGUGAUUGGACAGAGAUGAGUUGGUUUUCUGCUAAUAAUGAUACCAGUGUAUCACAUCAAUAGAUAAAUAAACAUGUACUGGCUUUUGUUGCACUAAAAAAGGAAACUAAUUAAUCCGUUCUGAAACCAGAGUGUCCUACUUUCUCUUGCUGCCACAAUGCUAAGUGCCAUUCAAUCAAUUAUUCUGUCCUUCUGUACUUGUGAUAACAUGUUUCUCUCCUCUCGUCUUGAUACGUGAAUAGUUGGAGAUGUGAUUGAAAUGAAUGUGUGAUAGAUCUAUUUGUCCAUUAAAUCAAUUCUCUGUUUAA